AGGUUGAGCUGAACAUAUUUAUCCACUCCUUCACCUCUAUUCUCAUUUUUCGCUUUGGAGAGUACAUUUUUUCUAUCCACAUCUUCGAACCCGGAUUUGCUGCUAUUGAAAAAGCACGCAGUUACACGCUGUAACUGAUCUCAACCAUUGAUUUUACAUCAGACGAUUUAUAUUAAAUAUACACUGAAACAAUCCUAGCCACUGAUUAUAAUCCAACGGUUGCUGCUGAUGCAGUUAUAGCAGGAAAUCUUUUGCUCUAUUUCACAUAUCCUAACCGUUUUUGUGGAGACCUAUUAACAAAAAAAUAUCAAAUGUCUAUUAUUUUUAAUCAAACUAGCAAACAAAAUUAAAAUCUAAUCAUACAAAAAAAGUAGUUCCAACAUGAAGGUUGAUGGAUUAAAUUCUGAAAUAAAUUAUUUUUCAAGUAUCUCAGAUGUUGUUAUGCAGCCAAGUGCCGACGAAGCCGGCCUCAUGAUCUCACACAAGAAAAUAGAAACGACAAUUUGCAUGACCUCUGCCAAGUAAAACAUAGUAAUCAACCACUUAUAUAUAACACACACAUGAAAAAAUGGUAACAUAUUUCUCCAUUGAGGUAACAUAUUUGAGGAUGGAGCUACCUUCAAACUUGUUAUCUGAUGAGGCAAGUCCAGAGUGGAUGAACAAAGGAGACAACGCAUGGCAAUUAACAGCAGCAACAAUGGUUGGGCUUCAAAGCAUUCCUGGGCUAGUAAUCCUAUACGGAAGCCUAGUAAAGAAAACAUGGGCCAUAAAUUCUGCUUUCAUGGCCUUUUACGCUUUUGCAGCAGUUCUCUUAUGUUGGGUUUCAUGGGCUUACCACAUGUCAUUUGGGGACAAAAUGGUAUUUUUCUUAGGGAAACCAGGAAUAGCAUUGGAUGAAAAGUUUUUAUUAGGAAAAGCAUUUUUGGGAAAUUUUCCUAAUGCUACAAUGGUAUUUUAUCAAGGUGUAUUUGCUGGUAUUACUUUGAUUUUGAUAGCUGGUGCUUUACUUGGAAGAAUGAAUAUUCGUGCAUGGAUGUUGUUUGUGCCACUUUGGGUUACAUUUUCUUACACUGUUGUUGCUUUUAGUAUUUGGUGUCCUGAUGGAUGGUUGGCUAAACGUGGUGUUAUAGAUUUUGCUGGUGGUUAUGUUAUUCAUCUCUCUGCUGGUGUUGCUGGUUUCACUGCAGCUUAUUGGGUUGGCCCUCGAGCAGAGAAGGACAGGGAAACAUUUCCAGCAGCAGCAAACAACAUGAUAAUGGUGCUUGCAGGCGCAGGCCUGCUUUGGAUGGGUUGGAGUGGAUUCAAUGGUGGAGGUCCAUUUGUUGCUAGUACCAUUGCAUCUCUUGCUGUCCUAAACACACACGUCUGUACUGCUGCUAGCAUCGUCGUAUGGAUCACACUCGAUACCUUCUACUUCGGUAAGCCCACCGUGUUUGGCGCCGUACAAGGCAUGAUCACCGGUCUCGUUUGUAUCACACCCGCCGCAGGAGUUGUGCAGGGGUGGGCAGCAAUCUUGAUGGGUUUGAUCUCGGGAAGUAUUCCAUGGUACACAAUGAUGGUACUCCACAACAAAGUUAAUUUCUUAAUGAAAAUUGACGAUCCCAUGGCGGUGUUCCACACCCACGCAAUAGCCGGUGCUCUUGGCGGAAUUCUAACCGGUUUCUUUGCCGUGCCAAAAUUAUGUCGUCUCUUCUACAUGGUGCCUGAUUGGGAAAAAUACAUCGGCCUCGCCUAUGGCCUACAAAAUAGUGGUGCAACUCGAGCGGGUUUGAAACAAAUGUUGAUCCAAGUUGAAGCCAUAGUUUUUGUGAUUUGCUACAAUGUUAUUGUGACUAGUUUGAUUUGCUUGGUUGUGAGAGUCAUGGUACCACUUAGGCUUGAUAGUGAUGCAUUGCAAAUGGGUGAUAGGGUAAUUCAUGGAGAGGAUGCUUUUGCCUUGCAUAGUGAGACAACUAAAUUUGUGAACAUUAAGCGAAAUAAGAUUUAUGAUACACAAGCUUUCUCGUCCAAUUAUGAGUCUAGGUCAUUAGGUGAGGUUCAAAUAGUGUGAAAUCAAUCAAUCACAAAUGUUUAACUUAACUAAAGUCUUAGAAUAAAGGUUGACGGUGAAACACUGACCACAGUGGAAUUAUGUAAUAUAUGAUUUAUAUUAGGGUGAUGUUUGCUUAAUGUUGUAACCCUCAUAUUUUAGCUAGAAUUUGGGAUUAAGACCUAAG